AUGCGCAUAGCCGUCGCUGGCACCUGCGGCUUAGCUCUUACCAUCGCCCGGGAAAUCCACAGCCAAACUAGUCAUCAGCUCAUCAUACUAUCUAGGAGUCAUCAGCCCGGUUUGGCUUCUCAAGGCUACCAAUGUCAGGUUGUCGACUACACGAGCACAGCCUCAUUGCAACACGCCUUGAUGGGCGUAGACACCGUCAUCUCUACCGUCACAGGCAAUGCCCAACUCAGACUGAUCGAAGCUGCCGUGGCAUGUCGUGUAAGAAGAUUUGCUCCUGCCGAGUUUGAAGGUCGACCAAGCCUGAGGUCACCGAACGACGCUCUCGAUCGAGGCAGAGCCUUGGCGCUUGCCCAUCUUCAGCACUAUCAGAGCUACAUACAGUCGACCGUGUUCGUCUGUGGGAUCCUAUACGAAAGGUUCUCCGUCAACGGGAUGCGGGCGCAUCGCAUAGGAGUAAGUACGGGGUACGGCAACGAGGGGGACUAUAUCGUGGAUGCAAGGCGCAUGAUGGCCGAUGCUCCUGUCUACGACGCGGCGAAUAACCUGGCAUAUGUCUGCCUCACUUCGGCAUAUGAUGUGGGCAGGUUCGUAGUGCGCGCACUGGACAUGGUACAGUGGCCUGCAGAAAUGUCCAUGUGUGGGGAGAGAAUGAGUGUCAACGCACUCGUGGAAGCCAUCAAGAUAUACAGGGGACGGCCGUACACCAAUAUCCAUUACCAGAACCCCGAUACCCUCCGCUACCAGCUAUCCGUGGCGGAAAUGACAGGCGACAUCGCAAAACAACGGCGUCUCCUCGCCCUCAUCGCUACUGCCGAAGGGCGCUAUGAUUUCUCGACACCGGCCUAUCUGAACGCAUUGUUUCCGGAUAUCAGACCAAUCAAGUUUCGGGAUUGGUUCGUGCGAAAUUGGGCUUCUGUUCCCUGA